AUGUACCCAUUUUUUGCUUAUGGACAUUUUAUUCCAUAUCUUCAUCUAGCCAACAAACUAGCUGAGAAAGGUCACCGGAUAACUUUCUUGCUUCCCAAGAGAGCCAAGGAACAACUCGAAUCUCUCAACCUGUUCCCGGACAGCAUUGUCUUAGACCCUCUUACUCUUCCUUAUGUUGAUGGUCUCCCUGAUGGCGCAGAGACAACCGCGGAUAUCAAAAACCCUGCCGGGAAUGUCAUUUCCGAUGCCAUGGAUCUCUUACGCGGUCAGAUCGAAGCAAAGGUUCGAUCUUUGAAACCAGACCUCAUCUUCUUCGAUUUCAUUGAUUGGGUUCCAGAGAUGGCGAAAGAGUUUGGAGUCAAGAGUGUGAGUUUCCAGAUCGUAUCCGCAGCUUGUGUAGCUAUGGCUCUUGCACCUGGUGCUGAACUUGAGUCCCCUACGCCGUCGGGUUAUCCUUCCUCGAAAGUGGCGUUACGUGGACACGACGCUAACCUUUAUUCUGCCGCCAUAAAUUCCCACAAAACGUUUUUGCGUCGGAUCAACAAAGGCCUUCAGAAAUGUGACGUCGUUUCCAUACGGACAUGCGCGGAGGUCGAGGGUAAGUAUUGCAGUUUCGUCGAGAGAAAAUGUCAGAGAAAAGUUUACCUAACCGGUCCAAUGUUCCCUGAGCCGCAAGAAAAGAGUGCUAAACAACUAGAAGAUCGAUGGUAUCAAUGGUUGUACAGAUUUGAACCUGGCUCGGUUGUGUUUUUUGCGUUGGGCAGCCAAUCAUUCUUGGAGAAGGAGCAAUUCCAAGAACUCUGUUUAGGAAUGGAGCUUACGGGUUUGCCGUUUCUGGUAGCGGUUAAGCCGCCAAAAGGCUCAUCAACGAUUCAAGAAGCAUUACCUGAAGGGUUCGAAGAGCGAGUCAAAGGGCGUGGAAUCGUUUGGGGAGGAUGGGUGGACCAACCUUUGAUAUUGUCUCAUCAAUCGAUAGAUUGUUUUUAUUCCGCAAGCGGCUGA